CUGUGAUUUUGUGAUUUUUGUGAAUUUCUUCAUUAAAAUUACAAAACCUAUUGUAGUACAAGCUUUUAUUAUAGCUUUUACGAGUGUUUUAAAGUAAAGUUUUCAGAAUCCACAACUCUUAAUUGAGGUAACAGGAGGUCUGCGAAUCCAAAAGUUGGGAUUGGCACAAACUGAAGACUGAAGAUUCGCACUACACUUGUGGCAAAUGGUUUAUGACCAUUUAUGGUCAUAAACUAGCAAGUGAAGUGCUCUGAAAUGGAUCUUCCGGACUGCCCGCCCGGGGCAGAAGGAUAUGAAGACUCAGUGGUUGAAGUGCCGAAGAAACCCAGCUCGGAAGACCUACCUUGCACCAAGGCCGAGCAAGAGUUCCAGGAGCACCUUAACAGCUUGAAGAUCAAGGUUGAAGAUGGCGAGUUCCGGUGCAUGGUCGAGAGGCGCGGACGCGACGUCUCCGGCAAAUGGAUUUACCUGUGCUACCCGUGCGCGGCUGUUUGCAGCGGGGAGAGUAUUUUGCAGACACACAUAUCGGGAAAAAAGCACAAGACGAAGCUGUCGUUGAAAAAUAUGUGGCCGGUCAGCAUAUUCGAGCAGCAUCCUUAUAUUCUCACCGAGAAAGGCAUCGUCAAGGAGAAAGCCGAAGCCACCGAGAAAGUUCUCAAGAAAAUGGCUGAGGAAGUGAAGUACCACAAUGAAGACUCUGAGCUGGAUCAGAAGUACAACAAAUACCGCGGGAUCCGGUGCCACAUUCAAGACUCGAUUGAUCAAGUCAAGGCGCCGCUGAUCGGGCUAGAAUACCUGGUGGAGCACCCGCCGGAGGAGGCGCACUACGAGCCGUCGUACGUGUGCACGUUGUGCACCAAACACGGGCACCCGCGCACCAUCAUCAACCACCUGACCUGCUUCUGGCAUCGCUACCAUUACUUGACGCUGCAUUUCCCCAAAGCAGGCGCGCUACUAGCGCCGUACCGUGGGCAAGCGCAAUACCGCGAAGGCGUCGGGCUCAUCACCAACCGCCUCAUGCAACGCAUCGAGGACAAGUUCGGCCGCCUCCAGCCCGUCAACAUCGACAAGGAGGAGUACGAAAAGGAACGCGUAUCGAGGACAAGUUCGGGCGUCUUCAGCCCGUCAACAUCGACAAGGAGGAGUACAAGAAGGAACGGCGUGCGGCUCAUCACCAACCGCCUCAUGCAACGCAUCGGAGACAAGUUCGGCCGCCUCCAGCCCGUAAAACAUCGACAAGGAAGAGUACGAGAAGGAACGAUUAAGGAGUGGCCCACUCAGUACCGCGAAGGCGUGGGCCUCAUCACCAACCGCCUCAUGCAGCGUAUCGAGGACAAGUUCGGGCGCCUCCAGCCCGUCAACAUCGACAAGGAGGAGUACGAGAAGGAACGCCUCGUCAUGUGUAUCAAGGAGUGGUCCACUCAGUACCGCGAAGGCGUGGGCCUCAUCACCAACCGCCUCAUGCAACGUAUCGAGGACAAGUUCGGCCGCGUCCAGCCCGUCAACAUCGACAAGGAGGAGUACGAGAAGGAACGCCUCGUGAUGUGUAUCAAGGAGUGGUCCACUCAGUACCGCGAAGGCGUGGGCCUCAUCACCAACCGCCUCAUGCAACGUAUCGAGGACAAGUUCGGCCGCCUCCAGCCCGUCAACAUCGACAAGGAGGAGUACGAGAAGGAACGUGAUCGCAUACACCAGUGGAUUUAUAAGGGCUACCAUUUCGCUGAGAAGGAGGGCGCUACCUUCGAAGAGGUCGUUGACGUCGGCCUCAUAGAAUCUCUACACAAAUCUAGUGAAAAGCUGAAAGACAAAAAAGAACCAUCCCCGCCUGUGGUGCAAGCUCCAGCGAAACCUCUAUUCAAUAGUCAUACACGCCCUAGACACGAGCGGCGUAUUUCUGUGGACGCGCUCUCUGAUAUCAGCGACGAGCCGGAGCACCGCCGCCCGCUUAUUGACGACCGAUACAGAGGGAGACCGGGCGAGAGACGCUACGAGCCCUAUCGGAAACUACGAUAUGAGAAGGGCAAGCCUACGUCAGAGAAGAACUUAGAAAAGAUCAAGCCGCCAAACUACGAAUACAAGCAGAAGUUGGCAUCGGAACAGAAGCAAGCGGCCGAGGAAGCCGCCAAGAAGACGCUCGCAUACCACGAGAAGAAUCCUGAAAAACAUCCCCUGUACCCUGAAGAGUGGAAGAAGUUCUGGAACCGCCGCUACAAGGAGAUACAAGCAGAGGGCAAGGACCCGUCGAAGCACGACUUCAAGCCGGAGUGGAUCAAGUACUGGACGGUGCGCAUGAAGCAGCUGCACGAGGACGAGCUGCGCUGCAUCGUCACCGAGAUCUACCGCAAGAUGUGCCUGCCGCUGCCCGACGCGGAGCCCGCCGCCAAGCCGCCCGACGCCGCGCACAGAUCGGAGAGAUCAGCUGAGCCUCGCCGAAGGUCGCCGGACCCGCGCGAGCGCCGCCGAACGCCCGAGCGGCGCAGGUCGCCCGACCCUCGCCGGCGGUCGCCGGAGCACCGCCGUCGGUCGCCGCCCGACAUGCGCCGUCGGUCGCCGCCCGAUAUGCGCCGUCGGUCGCCGCCUGACAUGCGCCGGCGGUCGCCUAGGCAUCGCACGCCGGAGAGAGGCCGCCGCACGCCAGAUAGAAGGAUACCGCCCGAGCGCUGGAGACCGAUGAAUGAUCGGUUCCAUCGCGAUUUCAGGUCGCCUGGACACCACAAAUCUAUGGAUCGUCGGCCUUCGCCACCGAGGCACUCUAGGCCACGAUCUCGCAGUCCAAUUCCUAGGGCUCGCAGUCCGAUCCGCACCCACAUCCAGAUGGACAGCUUACGCCGUAGCCAUAGUCCUCUCUCGCGCCGUGACGAUUCCGCGGCGCUUCGCAACAGGAGUCCCGCACGCGCCGCGCCCGAAGUCGCGCCCUCGUUGCAGACCGUACUCAUCUCCGACGAAGAGCUCAAGCCCGACGACAACAACUUAUCCCCGUGGGAUUCCGACAACGACGGUUCAUUCGGCUCGCUCCCAGACGCUCGCAUGUCCUGCGCGGGAAGCGAGAAGUCCCGUCAGUCGCGGCCUCCUCGCGAGUACUCGCGGCCCGCGGAACCCUCGGACUUGGGGCCCCCUGAGAAUAUAGUGGCGACGUUACGGCUGCUGGUGGCCUUGGAAGACUACUUAGGCAGCCUGGGGCCUAAGAUAGUUGAUUUGUUGACUGAAGCUUUGAGGAUGGAGAAGGAAAAGGCGAACUCCUCCGAAGAGCUCCUCGUCCGCGAUUCGGCAGUGGUUCUAAUGGAGACAGCGAAAGAGAAACUGAAGGGCGCCAUGCAGGCCGGGCUGGUGCCGGCCGCCGCCGCGCCCGCCGUGCGCUCCGCCGUCGUGCGCGCCGCCGCCACGCUGCACGCCGCCGACCAGCGCAGCCAGGCCUCGCAGAGCGCCAUAGCCGCCGCGCCUGUAACCGUCGGGGCCCGCAAACGCACACGGACGCGGCCUCGCACCAGGCGGCGGCCGCGACGCGGGCCGCUUACAGAUCAGAAAACCGCCAAAGGGAAACCGGCGCCAAUGCCGGUAGCGGGCGUAGGCGAGGUCGAUCGCGCGCAAAUCGCGCAGCAAAUGGCCGAGGCUCUCAUCGCGCAGGGCAAGACUGACGUAUCUUCAGAAGAACUAGCACAAUUAGUAGAUGCCGUGGUCGGCAUGGCAGAAGCCAAGAAACGCGAGGCCGAGACCAAGAAGAAACUGGAAGCGAAGCCGGCGCCUCCGAAACCGAAGCCUCUGCCCGCGGCGGUUUCGGGAACGGCGUCCGCUCUGCAGAUGCUGCAGUCCGCGUACGAUGAAAAUGACAAAAAAACCGAAAAAGACGACAAAGUUUACACGCCGGACGCGAUGGACGGUCUCUCUGACUCCGAUCUCGAGACAUUACUCAAGAACUUCAACGAGUUGUCAGCGGAGGAGCAGCACAGCUUGAUCGCGUAUCUGAAGAAGUUGGAGGCGCGCGAGCCGCAGCGCGUGGAGCGCCUGCGUCAGUACGUCAGCGCCGCCGCCGAGCCCGAGCCCGCGCGAGAGCCCGAUACCAAACCCGUCACGAUUGAGAGCGAUGACGACGAUUACACGGUUGAGGAGGUUUUCCAAUCAGCAACGCAGAAAGUGAAAGAAGAUCAGAUGCGUCAAGAGAUGGAAAUCGUGAAAAAGUCCCUCGAAGAAACCACAAAAGAGUCUACGCCGACUCCCGAGGUGCCCAAGCCGGCGCCGAAAGUAGAUUUAUCAAUCCAUAUGUCGUCGGCGACAGAUUUGUUAGCGCUGGUGCAAGCCUCGAUUCAGUCCACGGCCGCCGCGCCCGCGCCCGCCGCCGCCGCCGACGUCGUCGCCAGCCUCACGCAGCCGCGUUCCUUCGGCGACCUGCCCGAGGCCUCCAUGGCAUCCAACGACUCCGCCAGGUCACACUCCACCCCCACUAACGUUCAACCCUUCGACCAAAACACGAACACCUCCGAUGGAUUCAACGAUAACGAGCAGAGCUGGAACUCCAGACCCAAUUCCAAUAUGAGCCAGGAAAUGCCGCCCGCGAAUCCGGGAGCCCCAUACGGCAUGGACAACAGAGGACCGUACGGCCAGGACAGUCAAGGGUCGUUCAAUCAGCAACCUCGCGGUCCCAUGGGUUUCAAUCAGGAUAACCGAGGUUUCAAUCAGGACAACCGUGGAUUCAAUCAGGACAACCGAGGGCCUUUCGGUCAAGACAACAGGGGACCUUUCGGCCAGGACAGUCGAGGAGGGUUCAAUACCGACAACCGUCCGCCUUUUAAUCAAGGUAAUCGGGGACCUUUCAAUCAAGACAAUCAAGGAUCGUUCAACCAAGAUAAUCAAGUAUCUUUCAACCAAGAUAAUCAAGUACCUUUCAACCAAGAUAAUCAAGUCCCUUUCAACCAAGACAAUCAAGGACUAUACAAUCAAGACAGUCAAGGAACUUUCAAUCAGGAUAAUCAAGUACCGUAUAAUCAAGACAAUCGAGGAAACUUCAAUUCCGAUAAUAGAGGAAACUUCAACUCAGAUAAUAGAGGGAACUUUAAUCAUGUCAGACCACCCCUGCUCGACAGUAGGGGGGUCCUGCUAUCAGACAACAGAAAUAUGCAGGGCAAUAUGGGUUUUCCGAAUAACAAUAAUUGGGGAUCCGAUAAUAGAGGAGGAUACAACCAGGACAAUAGACCGUCAGGGCCUAGAAGUUUUGAUAAUCAAUACUCAGGGAAUGGUAAUAAUUUCAUGAACGGAGGUGGGAUGCAGGGUAAUAGCAUGCAGCAUCAACGUGGAGGUUACGAACCCCAGAAAAACUUCCGAGGCAGAGGGCGUGGACAGUAUGGCGGAAAUAUGCGAGGUCGAGGGCGGGGCGGGUACUAUUGAAGUGGAGAGCAUAUCGAAUUAUAACUCGAUCAAGAUAACUGCGCACCUCGCUGGAAUGCGACUCCCUCGCACACCUCCCGUAGUUCCCUGUGCAGUUAAUUCGAUCGGAUUGGACAAGUAUUUUAAAAUGAUAUUGCAUCGAAAUAGUAAUAGUUGUGAAAGAAUUACGCACUCCUUUUUUAUAAUGAUGCGAAUGAAAUAGAAACAAUGCGCAAUGGAAUGGAUUAGUGUUAAGUUAGCCUUGGAUGGGUUUGCGCAUUUAAUUAAAUUUUUGCAUUUUAAUGUCAAUGGGCGGGUCGUCAUUGUCAUGAAGUUUAAAUUAAAUCUUCAUCUACUUUAAACAGCUGAAUUUAGAUUUUUUUUAAAACAUUAUGCACGCAAAUUAUUUUCAAGGUGUAAUACUUUUAUUUCUAUUAUUAAUUCGUUGGUGUGUAAGUAAUAUGUAUUUUAAAAUGUAUGUGAGCACUGUAGGUGCAAUGAACUAUGUUUAAAUGUAUAGCAUAAUGAAAUUUUAAAAUAAAAAGAUUUGAA